ACGGGUUUACACAACAAAUCUCAUUGCAUUUCGUACGUUUAUUUUUUAUCAAAAUAAAACACAUACCUGUUUUUGAGUUUGUUUUAAUAAUUUUUAAAUGGAUAAGAAAAUGGCGCCCGUGUGUUGAACAAUGUCAGUGCUCAGUUUAAUACCUGAAGACAAGAAGAAAGAGCUCAGAAAAGAGUCGCUAGAGAGCGUAUACAGCAGCAAUUCCAGAUUAAACUUGCUGACUAAACGGAAGAGGCUAAACCCACUUACCGAGGCAAUGUCCAAUCAAUCACUCAACGGGCGUACUGACAGAUAUGUGACACAGAGGGUGCUGUCGGCGAAGACUCACCGGGUGAAGCAACUGCAGAAUCAAUUGGCAGACGCCCACUAUCAUUUGCAAGAGCUUAGCAACGAGAAUCGUAUACUGAGGGCAUUACAAAAGAAACAAGAAAUUGCUUUACAAAGAUAUGAAAAUUCAAAUGCGGAACUACCCCAAGUACUGAACUCUCACAAUGAGGAAAUGAGAGUACAGCAGAGCAAGUAUAAACAAUUGAAACAGCAAUUCAAAGAAGUGUCCCAGAAACUGAAGGAACGGGAUAUGCAACUGCAACAUUUAAAAGACGAGCACCAGCAUUUGCUUGAAUUGAGUAAAGACAGGAAUCUUCUCGAACGCGAAAAACUCCAAGCUCAAGUAGCGGACUUGACAAUUAAAGUUCAACAUCAGAAUGAGACUAUUAGCAUGUUGCAGCGUCGAAUAGCACUGGAAGCGAAGAACUUCAAGCAUCAGCUUCAAAACGAAAUCAACAAACAUAAAGACACGAGACAUGACCUGGACCUCGCUAUAAGCAAUGCUGAUAAAUUGUCUACUAUUAUAGAGAUGAAAGAAAAAAUGCUUAGUACAGCUGCUAGUCGAACCGUUAAAUCUCCAACAAAGUCAUCAUCUGCGAUGAACAUAACAAGACCAGUUAGUAAAACUAAAACGAAUCAAGAAAGCUAUAGGACAGAUGACAGAAAUAAUGAUCAUACAAUAUUAGCAAAGCUUUGUGAGAAUUCACGAAAUAUCAAUAGCGCUUUAUCUCACGAUGAAGAUACAUCUUCCUCAACUGAACCUCGAUCCCGUUAUAUUACAAGCCGAACUAACUCCACAGCUAGUCGUUCAGCUUCUAAUCAAACACGAAAAAGUUCGAAAGAAUCAUCUGAUGAAAUUCUUGAAUUAGCAAAAACUGUUCAAGACGGUAUGGCUGAUUUAGCGAUUUAUGAUGAAGAUUCAGAUUAUAAAAACUCCUCACCAGACGAGGUCCAAAAGAAGAUAGAAAUAAUGAAGGCAGACCUUCUUAACAAAAUAAAAAAUAACGAAGAACCAGUAUUGAGAACAAAAAGUUUGCUAAGAAGGGGCUCUACAGAAGAGUCUAUUGAAGAACAAAUUGAAAAAGUAGAUGAUGAUGAGCGUCCAAAGUCGAGAGGGAGGAGAAACUCUAAUGUAUCAUUUUUCGAUGGUGUUACAGUCGAAGAAACAACUACCACGGUUGCUAUUAACAAUCAAAAUAAUGCAAUCGAAGUUUUUAAGCCUAACCGCGAGAAUAGUUCUCUAGAGAGAAAACUAUUGGGAAAGCCUAUAGAUAAAUACUGUAAAGAUAUAAUUCAAGACAUAGAGAAGAGUAGUUUAGUUAUAGAUAAACAUAUGAAACAGUUUAAUAGUUCGAGAAUGGAGAGCGAUAAGCUUGUACAACAGUUGCAAGCUGUAGACAAAAUAAAUGAUUUUGUUAACUCCCAAAGCGAUAUUCCCGCAGAGGCAUUAACUGAAUUGAAUAAUAAUUUUAAAAUGCUUACAGAUCAGAUAUUUACUGAGCAAACGCCUGUACCAAGAAAAAGAUCUAUAUCGGGAAGAAGGAGUUCCAGAGAUUCUAGAACUAAUUUAAUGGGUGACGCCAAUAUGAGUAAUCAGGACUUAUUAAAUGAUCUGCUAGGAAAGAAAUGAUGUACAUUCAAUAUUUGACUAUUUGGAAUUCUGUAAUAUUGUGCGUAAAGUUAUAUGUCUAUAACCAAGAAGGUUUUGUUGAUGUAUUCUUAUGAUAGCUGAUAAUAUUUUAGGAUCGACCAUCUAUUCAUAUUCUCUCCAGUUUUUUUACAGAUUAAAUGAGAUGUAUAGAGAGAAAUAAAAGGGAACAAAGCUGAGAGUAAUUAUUUUACUACAUUCAACUCAAAAUUUGUUUUAUAACAUGGUGAAGCCUGUAGUAUCUGCAUCUUUUGUACGAAUGACCAACUUCAAGUAGCUUUGACAGAAAUCUUCUUGGCAAAGAGUAGACAAUUUUAUGAAGCUAUUAUGGUAGCAGGGACCAAUUUCUUCAAAAUUUUAAAACAUUAAAUUGUUUAGUAAAUUUUUCUUUAUAUAGCGAAUUCAGCUAGCAAGAAUACGGUUCACUUGUAAGUAGUCACGAUACUUGUAACUAGGCUUGAGUAAUAUCGAUUCUAGUCCGAUAUCUAUAUUUCGGCUACCUCUGGAUAUUGACGGCGGUAAAAUAGGUUAUCACACAUUUCGAUAUCGCCCAUACUAGUCGGAUAUUUAAAUUCAUUUUGAUCUGAUUUUUUAUUUCGAUCUAUUUAAUAAUAAAUUUUUAACAUAUUUAUCAUUGGGCUAAUGUAUAAUAUAAACACCUCUUGCUAAAUACUGGGCAUGGGUAAUAUCAAUAUCGCUCCAGUAUCGAUAUAUUGAGGUUUUCUGAAUAUUGAUCUUGAAAAAAGUUCAUCACCAAUUUCGAUAUAUCGACUUUUUUCUUUCAUUUCAAAUAUUCGAUAUAGAGCCAAUACAAUAUAUAAAUAUUUCUGAAUAUUUCCUAUCCCUACUAUGAAUUGCCCACUAUCAAAAGGUUUUAUAUAAAUAAAGUUAAUAGAAAACACAGCUCUUUACAUAUUUAUUUCAUGAAGAGAGACCCAUUUUAUAAUCUGUAUCAUUCAUUAAAGGGCACAUAAAAUUUGUACCGUGAAGCAGUUGUGUUUGCAUAGCUGUGUUUCAGUUUGAAGGGUGGGAUAUGGCGUGAAUUUACAGAGUACAGAGGAGUAACACCUGAGUCCUCAGGAAUGGCAACGCAUGGGGGGUAUCAUGGGCGAAACAGUACCUAUACUCUGUUAUGUCCAUGGUACUGCUCAUGUCUAUAGGCGACGGUUACCACUUUCCAUCAGGUGGGUCGUCAGCUUGUUUGCCAUUCUAAGUUGUAUAAAAAAAAAAGUGUUUUCAUUUAUUCAUUGCAUUUUUUCGAUUCUAGAGUAAAUUUGACUGUAUUUUUUGUAUAAUUACGUCACAUCAUCAUCAAUUAUACCAAUUUAAUGAUUUUAUUGCAAUAGAAAAGGGGUUUACAAUCAAGUCGAUAUAAUACUAAUUUUGUGUAUUGAAAUUGUCCUAUUUUUGUGGAGAAUGUUGUUAAAAAUAUAUAUUUUUAAUUACACAAAAAAAAAAAAAAAAAAACCUUUUUAGAAGCCAUUUUACGCAAACUAACAAGUUUUUUUUUUAUACAACUUGGAAUGGCUAACAAGCUGACGGCCCACCUGAUGGAAAGUGGUAACCGUCGCCUAUAGACAUGUGCAGUACCAUGGACAUAACAGAGUACACUGUUUCGCCCAUGAUACCCCCUAUGCGUUGCCAUUCCUGAGGACUCAGGUGUUAUUCCUCUGUACCCAGUAAAUUCACGCCAUAUCCCACCCUUCAAACCGAAACACAGCCAUGCAAACACAACUGCUUUACGGUUGAAACACGAAUGGGACAAAGAAGUACCCAAGCAAUCGACUUUUGUACAAAGUACUGAGAGCGUUGUGUGACUUGUUUUUUUUUCUAGUGUAUAUCUAAUGUAUCUCAUCAGAGCUUUUUUAUAUGAAUUGUUAUUUCAUAUUGUUAAUGUGAUUGAAU